UUUCAAGCGUGUUCUCAUUCUGUGUCAGUUUAGAACUUGCUUUUGAUCUUGUUGGUUUAUUCCAGUAUACGAAAGGUAUUACCAAGUAAUACAUAACUGCUCGCGAAAGCGGAUAUUUCUUUUAUCAAAGUGUACAGAAAAGUCGUCAAGAUUUUACGAAAGAAGAAGUAUGAGUUUUAAUUCAAGUCUGUUGUUAAGUAAUUGUGAAAGUAGUAAAAAGUUUGAAAUAAUGCCGAGUUUAAUUUCAAGUAAUUGCGAAAUGUCUAGCAAAUGUGUUGAACAUAGUCUCGAAGAAGGCUCUAGACAGCAGCCUCAUUACUGUAUAACGCUGGGUGUGGGGCCUCUGUGGUGGUCCGAUGUGCCCCAUGCCGCAUUGUCUGUAUCAACAGUCAACACAGAGAGCCGCGGCGUGGGGAUCAAGCAGAGUCAGCUCUCUGUGAGCUCCCACAUUGUGCAAGAGGAUGAAUUAUUGAAAGCAUUAAAAACAAACGAGUCACUGCGCCUGACCUUCGCUCUUCAGCUGACAGAAAGUACUUCCGUGGAAUGGGAAACUUUGAUCUGGCGAAAAUGUCUUUACAUUCGUGUGCCAAGCUGUCUUCUACCGGAAGGCUCAAAAGAGGGAUUUGUCUCUCUUUUGGAAUAUGCGGAAGAAACACUACACUGCACCAACAUCGUGGUUUGUCUACGUAAAGAUCGUUCAGAUCGAGCCAUGCUGGUGCGUACCUUCAUGUUCUUGGGCUUCUCGGUGCUACCACCGAAUCACGCCUUGGUACCACCAGGCAGUGAUGCUGGCAACCUCUACAUGCUCUAUGCCGUUGAGUAGUUAUCUCACGACGGCGCCCAUCUCUCAAAUUUAACGCAAUAGGUACCAUUAAAAAAAAAACAGUUUUUAACACGAGACAACAGCCAGAAGGUUUUUUCCAUUUUACUUUACAUAUGAUUUUUUAACGCACAUCAUUUAAUUUUCUAUUCACCACCAGAUGAAAAAAAAAGAAUCGCAUUCAGAAAAAUCAUAAAUUACAGAAAAAAAAAAGUGAAAAGAAAAGAAAAAUUUUGGCGUUAAAUUUCAGAGAAAAGACAAGCAGCAGUAGUAGAAGGCAAAAAGGCAAAGUACUUAGUCACAGAUAUGUAGAACAUGUACUAUCGGGCUUUUGGCGGAUAAUUAUUAGGCAUUCAUUCUCUUGAACACAAUGUUAAGAAAUUACUCUUGUAACAUCUUAUAAAAUGCUCACACAAAGCUUUCCCACGUGUUUCUGAGAUAUUUGAUGAUUUUUAUUGCCGCCUCAUAACAUUCUAGGCAAGGCAAUUGAUUGUUGAAUUAUUCAGGAAAUUUAUUAACGAAAAAUCUCUGUGUUAAUUGUGGCAGGUUGGGUUUUCACCAUAUUAUUAUUAUUAUUGUAUAUCUUACUUUAAUCUUAUUAUAUAUAUAUAUAUACGUUAAAUAGUUAAUAAUCUAGUUAUUAAGUACUUUAUUCUUAGGUCUUAAAGAUUCUAAACGUUCGAUAUUUUUUUCAAACAAAAGAAAAGAAAAAACAGUCAAAUAUUUUGCUAAAUAAUUUUACUGAUUUUGCAAUUAUUUUUCAUUCCAUGAUGCAAUUUUUUUUUUUUUUUUUUACAAUUCAAUUCGAACGAUAGUUUCUUAGUAUUAAUUUUAGUAUUUGUUUAAUAUAUAGGAAAUCUUUUGCAAAAAUACUUUUAUUAACGUGAAAUGAUUAAAAAAAAUAUUUUAAAACACAUUUUCAAACUUUUUACGUUAAAAUAGUGCUACGAAAUAUUAUAAUAUAGAGGUUUUAAUCAUUUCAUUAGCGAAUUCUUUUUUUUUCAAAUUUAAAAUUAGUUAUUAUUGGUAAUACCCAAUCGGAUUAACAAAUGAGAGUUCUUGCUAAUAAAUGCGCUCUUUAGUGUUGACUUGAUUAACAGGCACCAUAAUAUAUUAAAAAAUUAAAAAAAAAAAAAAAAAACAAAAAAAAUGAAAAACUUUUAAAAAAAUACAAAAAAAAAAAAUGGGGAUAUAUAUAUUAUAUAAAAAAAAAACAAAAUAAAUAUAUUGUAGCUGGUCAGAUAUGUAAGUAGGUGUGCAAAGAAGAAUUUUAUCUUAUUUAGUGUCUAAAAACAAGAGGCAAAUUCGUCUUGAAAAAAAAGAAAAAUUUAAGAGCAAAAAUAAUAGAUACUUGUAAAUGUAUAAGAAAAAAAAAAUAAAUAAAAAAAAAACAAACAAAAACCUCAAGCAAUCUGACCCACCAUUUUAGUAUUAUAAUAUGUAAUACACAACAUAUAUAAAUACACACAAUUUAAAAUCCGUGUGCUACAUUAUUCAUACACAAAAUUGUAAUUGCUAAAUAAAGGUUCCAUAAAAUUAUAAA